AUGUCCGGUGGCGGCGCUCGGGCGCACGCCUUCCGCUCGGUGCGAGCGACGCGUCACCAUGGCAACGGCUGCAAUGGUCCCGCUCGCGUGCCCGAAGAUUCCGUCAGCGCUGCGCUGGCCUCGCCGGCCACGGACACCAGCAUGCAGCAGCAGUGUCCGGAGCCGGCCGCGUCUGACGCUGAAGGCUCAGUGCAGCCAGUGGUGUCGCUGCACGGCUUCCAGUUCCACAGCCGCUGCCAGAAGAUCGACUGGAGAAAGAUCGCGGCUGUGGACGUGGACCAGGUGGCUCGCGAGGUGGAUGUGAACGCGCUGCAGAAGAAUGUCACCCACCUCACUUUCUGCGACAUCGACCACGAGCUGGAAGGAACGUCAGUGGACCCAAACUUUGUCAAGUUGUUCAAGCUUGCGCAGCUCUGCAUUGAAUACCUCAUGGAUAUUCUUCUCCAGUCGCUAACCGACACCGAGGAACGGUUGGCGGAGGCAAUGCAGACGCUGGAAGAAGAGCGCAAGUUCCGCAUCUGCGACCAGGAGGCCAUUCGGGAACUUCAGCGCGAGAACCGCAAGCGACGCCGCAUCAUCGAGAACCAGCAGCUGGAGAUGCUGCGCUCUGACCGCUUCGCACCCACGGGAGCAGUUCCCUGCCCCUACUGCCGCAAGGUGUUCGUCAGCCUAGCGUACCUGCAAGCGCACGUGGUGCGGCGACACCCGGAGAAGCCUGCGCCCACAGAGGACGCCCUGCUGGCACAGUGGCAGCGAAUGGCCACUGGCACGGCGCUGCCAACGGCGACUGAGUUGAACCGGGGCUUGCACGAACUCCGGAAUAUCCUGCUGCGGAAAGAAGAUGGGCCCGACCACGCUGAGGACAAACUCCUCCUUCGCGACGAACUGCUCUGUCGGCUGGACGAGCUUCAGCGGAAGUGUGACAGCCUGGCGGUGGGUGACCGCAAGAUGAGCUUGGCAGGUGCUGCUGCCGGCGAGGCGAGUCCCUGGGAGCUGUCAGCCGAGCCUCCCGGAUCUUUCUCCGAGGGACAGGCGGCACUGGCCAGCCUGUCGCAGCAGCUGAUCCAGCAGAAGGAUGAAGUUGGUCGCCUUCUAGCGCAGCAGGAACGCCUCUUUCUGCAGCGCAUGGACGCGCUCGCUAAGGACGUCGUGGCGCUCACCAAGACGAGCACCUGCCUUGAGAGGAAGCUGUCCCAGAUGGAGGAUCCCUUCAGUGGACGCGCCCACCUCCUUCACUCACUACUUCGCCGGGAGGCACCGGAGCCGAGUGCCACGGGAAUCGGCAGGCUGGCCGACGGAUCCAGCUCACCUAUGCGCUUGUCUAGGCCUUACUCCGAUGCACUCAAGGUGUCUCCACUGCGCUUCCCUCAGAGCACGCUGUCUAUGCCCGUUCCAGCUCCUCGGCAACGAAUGUUCUACAAUGGGAAGUCUCUCAGGCAGCCGCCGUCGCUUACUCUGCCACGAAAAGAUUCUAGGAUUCACCCAAAAGUGGCCCAGAGUGGCCCGAUAAAAGAGCAGGGUGAGAUGAGACAUGUGACGCGACAAGCGGCCAACAACGAGGGGCGCUCGGAGCGGAUGAAGUCGGCUGUGCACAGCACACCGAACCUCAUCGACGCGCUCAAGGAGGAGAUCAUGGGCCUCACGCGAAGCAAACUUUCCGGCAUCGGAAUCAACGACUUGGGCAAAGCUUCGGUGACGGACAGCAUCUUUCGAGACUGCAGCAAAAGGCUGAACUCCGAGCGGCGGCUUCUGGCGAGGAAAAACAAGAAGUUCUUCGACGUACGUCAUCGUAAUGGACCGCUGUCGGAGGACCUGUCGACGCCGAAGGCGGCCCGGGGCACGCCCGAUGGCAGCUGGCCUUUCGAAGUGAACAGCCCGAGUAGCUCCAAGGUGGCCAUACCGCCGUCAAGCAUUCCGAACACGGACACUCCUAAGGAGGGCUUUGCCUUCAAGUGUGAGACACCAGCCAGCUCGGCGGCCUCUCCAAGUAGGGGCGAGGGACCCGUGAGCAGCGGCCGCUUCAGCGCUACGCCAGCUCGUCUCAGCAGCUGCAGCAGCGGACAGCGCAGGCCCCGCCGCUUCCUGGCACGCGCAGUCCGCUCUCGUCAGCCUUCUUCGAUCGCCACGUCGCGCGAUCUGAUCAAGCCUCUCAUCUCCAGCAGCGACGAUGACGAUUGCAUCGUGGGUAGCCGGAAGCGAACACCGACCUGUGCCACAAGCAGCAGGUACUCGUCGGCGGCGUCCAAGACACACCCUCCCGCUGGCAGGGCCAAGUUGUCUCUACCGCAGACGCGCAUCACCGACCUGGUGCAAUCGAUCGAGUCGCAGCUGCUCAACCGGUCGACAAGGCCUCCAAUGGGUGCCGUAAACACCGUCGGCGAAGAUGCCCAUAUCAAGAAGUCCGGGGAGAAAGUCGAGACUUCAGUUCUCAAUGCUGGCGACCAAAGACUUGCCACGUGA